CCGUUUUCGAUCGUUUGAUAUCCGAAUAGUGAUUCCGGCCACCCAAUCUGGUCUAACAAGGGCCGGAUAACCCAGCCGUGCGUGGAACUAGACUGAUUGCGGUUAGAUCUGUCACACCUUAAAGAGACGUCGUGCUUACUGUGGAGUGCUUGCUCCGACCGAUUCUCACUCGGGUUCUCGAAGAUAUCUCAAACCAAACAAUCACAAACUGGAGUCCUGGUCCCAUCUACGGCUUAUACCUUUCCCUUCCUUCACAUGAGCCCAUCCACCAUGGGCUGCGCAGUCUGCAACAACCUUCAACCGGAUGAGGAGACCCCUUACCGAUACACAUCCCCAGAAGCUCUCAGAUCUUCAUCCAAGAAUGGCUGUCCUCACUGCUCCUUCAUCCUUGACGCCUCCGUCCACCUGAGCCUCUCCAGUCCAUCCAACUCCCAUGGAGAACGCCCCAUCUUCAUCUCCCUCCAACCUUCCACGGACUCAACCAUAAUGUGGACUACCGUGAACGGAGAAACCAAGUACAUCCAAAUCUGCACCCCUCUUGGCCACCCACCCGCAUGGCCAGGCAUCCCUCGAGGCCUGGAGCUCUCUCCUUCGCCAAACUCAGACGAAGCAUUCGAGUUCAUCAAAUCCCAGCUCCAGGAAUGCGAUGCCAACCACCCCCAGUGCAAGAUCCCCAACCCCAAGCCACCAACCCGCCUAAUAGACGUCAACCCCUCCGCCUGCUCCCCCGAAUCUGUCCGCUUCGUGGAAACUUCUUCCCUCCCCCUAAUUACCGAAGGCGAAAUCCCCUACAUAGCCCUCGGCUACUGCUGGGGCACUAGUAAGACCGUUACUACCGUGACGGCCAAUUACCAAACCUAUAAAUAAGAAGGCUUUCUCGUCUCCUCCCUUCCUCAAACCCUCUAAGACGCCAUCGCCGUUACCCGCCGCCUUGAUCAGCGAUUUUUUAAUACGUUUCCCCAAUUAACCGUAAUAUAAAUACCGAAAAAUAAAUAUAGCUUCG